GAUAAGAAAUUUAUUUAAAAACACUUGGAUAUGAUAAUCAUGAGUUUGUUUAUGGAAAAAUCAGGAAAUGUCGGUGUUUAGAAUAGUUAUUGUUUUAGUGUUUGUUGGUGUUGUUUCAGCCAAUGAAAAAAAAAUAGUAUGUUACUAUGGCACAUGGGCGACAUACAGGAGUGGUAAUGGAAAGUUUGAUGUUGGUAACAUCAAUCCAGAUCUCUGUACACAUUUGGUGUACACUUUUGUAGGAAUCAAUUCACAGGGAAAUGUUGUUUCUUUGGAUCCAUAUCUUGAUUUACCAGAUAAUUGGGGUAGAGAUAAUUUCCGCAUUUUCAACGCAUUGAAACAAAAGAACACAAAGCUGAAAACUAUUCUGGCUGUCGGUGGCUGGAACGAAGCAUCAGCAAAAUAUUCGAUUAUGGCAGCAAGUUCAGCUUUAAGAAAGAAUUUCAUAUCGAGUGCAAUCAAAAUGAUCAUGACCUAUGGAUUUGAUGGCCUUGAUAUCGACUGGGAAUAUCCGAACCGACGAGAUUCUGUUAAUGGAAAGGCUGAUAUUGAGAACUUUACCAAAUUGCUGAAGGAAUUGAGAACUGAGUUUGACAAAUACGGGCUUUUGCUAAGCGCUGCUGUUGCAUCCACACGAGACACGGCCUCUCUAUCGUAUGAUAUUCCAUCUAUAGGACAAUAUUUAGAUCUCGUCGGACUAAUGACGUAUGACAUGUAUGGUCCAUGGGAUACUGUGACGGGCCACAAUUCACCACUACAUAAAGGAGAAGGUGAUGAACAUGUAGCCAGGGAAAACCUUAACACCGUUGAUGUUGCUGUAGAGUAUUGGUUGUCACAAGGUUUUCCACCAGAAAAACUAGUAAUUGGCCUACCAUUUUACGGCCAUACAUUCACAUUAACAAAUCCCAAUAUUUAUUCGGUAAGAGCACCUUCAUUUGGACCAGGUAUUUCUGGCCCGUACACCGCUACUAGUGGAAACAUUGGAUAUAAUGAGUUUUGCAGUUUACUUCGUGAACAAGAAUGGAACAUUUAUUUUGAUAGCUUGGCAAAGGUUCCUUAUGCUGUUCAGAACAGAAACUGGGUGUCAUAUGACGAUGUAAAUUCUCUUACUGCUAAAGCAAAAUACGCUUUUAGUAUGAACCUUGCUGGGGUUAUGAUUUGGAGUAUUGAAACUGAUGAUUUCCAUGGCUUGUGUAGUAAUGAAACCUUUCCUCUGUUAAGAGCAGUUAAACGAACAUUAUCUAGUUCAAACUCUACUAUUAGCACUACUACAGGCCCUGUAUCUACGUCUACGACAAAUAGUCCUAUAACGACACCUACAUCAACUACACAACAUAGUACAAGUUCUACUAGUUCUGUUACGUCAUCAGGUUCAUCGAGUACUAUUUCUACUGCAACAACUUCAGCUCCAUCAACUCCAACCACAGGCUUUACCUGUGAAUCAGCUGGAAUGUUCCCAAACCCAAAGGACUGCGGAUCUUUCUACGUGUGCAUACAAAAUUUAGAUGGCUCGUUCCUUCCACACUACUUCACUUGCCCAGCAAACCUAUAUUGGGAUGAGAAUAAGAUGUCGUGCAAUUAUCGUUAUGCAGUUUCUUGUUCAGUUUAAAAAUAAUAAUUUUGACGUAUCAUAGAAGAAAUCGUGUUAAAUUGUUUCAAAGUAACAUAACCAGAAGUGGUUUUAAGUUAAAGAAUACAAAUGUAUUUUAAAAAAGAUAAAGGUUUGGUUUUUUUGUUGAUAAUAUGUUUCGAAUUUAGUUGCACAUGUUAUGGAUGUUAAAAAAUAAAUGACUUACCAUUAAA